CACACUCUCAGAGGAAGAGGAAAGCGAGGAAGAGGAGGAAAAAUCGAACCACCCUUUUCCCUUUCCCAUUCUCCCGAUCUGUGUACGAUUUUUCCACAACAUCUUCGAAGAGGAGGCCGCGGAGGAGGAACAGGAGGAGGAGGAGGAGAGGAGCCGUUGAUUACUUUUGCGUGGAGGUGAUUUGGGUUUGGGAUCGCCAAAUCGAUCGUUAAUUAACCGGGCUACUAAAGAAGACAUGCUUUUAUGACACAUUUACUUGGAUUCUUGGAUUAGAUUUUAUAAAGUAUGGCUACAGUUGGUGUUAAUGCUGAUAGAUUGCCUGAUGAGAUGAAUGAGAUGAAGAUUAAGGAUGAUAAGGAAGUUGAAGCAACGGUGGUUAAUGGGAAUGGGACAGAAACUGGUCAUAUAAUCGUGACAACUAUAGGCGGUAGAAAUGGCCAGCCAAAGCAGACUAUAAGCUACAUGGCUGAGCGAGCUGUAGGGCAUGGAUCAUUUGGAAUUGUUUUCCAGGCAAAGUGUCUGGAGACAGGUGAGACUGUGGCCAUUAAGAAGGUUCUUCAGGACAAGAGGUACAAGAACCGCGAGCUGCAGACCAUGCGCCUACUUGACCACCCGAAUGUUGUCUGUUUAAAGCAUUGCUUUUUCUCGACAACUGAGAAGGAUGAGCUCUACUUGAACUUGGUUCUUGAGUAUGUGCCCGAGACCGUUCAUCGGGUCAUAAAGCACUACAAUAAAAUGAACCAACGGAUGCCACUUAUAUAUGUGAAACUUUAUAUGUAUCAGAUCUGUAGAGCACUGGCAUAUAUUCACAAUAGCAUUGGAGUUUGCCACAGGGACAUUAAGCCACAAAAUCUUUUGGUUAAUCCACAUACUCACCAGCUGAAACUCUGCGAUUUCGGUAGUGCAAAAGUCUUGGUUAAAGGGGAACCAAAUAUAUCAUAUAUCUGUUCUAGAUACUAUAGGGCUCCAGAGCUCAUAUUUGGUGCUACUGAGUACACUACAGCAAUCGAUAUCUGGUCUGCUGGUUGUGUUCUUGCCGAACUCUUGUUAGGACAGCCUCUCUUUCCUGGUGAGAGUGGAGUCGACCAGCUUGUUGAAAUUAUUAAGGUUUUAGGUACCCCGACAAGAGAAGAAAUUAAAUGCAUGAAUCCAAAUUACAAUGAAUUUAGAUUUCCACAAAUCAAAGCCCAUCCAUGGCACAAGAUAUUCCCUAAACGAAUGCCACCUGAAGCUUUAGAUCUCGUCUCUCGGCUUCUCCAGUACUCGCCAAACCUUCGAUGCACUGCUUUGGAAGCAUUAAUUCAUCCUUUCUUCGAUGAGCUUCGUGAUCCAAGUACCCGCCUACCGAAUGGCCGUUUUCUGCCCCCUCUUUUUAACUUCAAACCUCACGAGUUAAAGGGAGUUCCAGCGGAGACUCUCAUGAAGUUGAUUCCAGAGCACGCGAGAAAGCAAUGCGCCUUUUUAGGUUUAUAAGACGGGCUGCUUGAGAAUUUUAGCUUAUAUUAUCCGUUCUUGUUGCGAGACUGCUCUAUGAAGGGAAAAUGGCGUUUCUGGUGCACACGUGGUUUAAACGGAACCUUUGAAGCUGUGACAGUCCUCGAAUCUCAUCUGCUCAUGUAUGAGGAAUGUGUAACACUGUAAUUGUGUAGUAGAUUCUUAUUUAUCGGAUCCAAAUGCUACUUCCAGUUUCUGAUACCCUAUUAAGAGUUUCUUGUCAUUUUGCGUGUUGGAAUCCAUGCAGCAUGCGUUGGUCAAUCUAUCAUUAUUAUUUGCUAUGAGCUGGUGCAGAGUGUGUGGUGCGUUCGUGUCAAAAUGUUUGUAUUCUGAGAAUUCUCUAAAGUUGUAAGAUGAUGGGCCCAUUUGGUUCAG